AUGAAAAAUGACAACCAGACCUGCUUGAUCGAGAUUGUCCUGUUGGGUUUCUCAGAUUUCAAGACUAUGCGAGAACUUCUCUUCUGCCUGGUUCUAAUAUUCUACUUCAUGGCCUUGAUGGGCAACAGCCUGAUUUUGAUCCUCACUAUUGUCAGUCGGACCCUUCACACCCCAAUGUACUUCUUCCUCUGGAACUUGUCCUUUUUGGAAAUUGGUUACACCUCAACCAUCAGCCCAAAGAUGCUUGUGAACUUACUAUCAGAGAACAAGACUAUAUCCUUUUGGGGUUGUGGAAGUCAAUUGUGUUUCUUCCUUCUUUUUAGUGUCACUGAAUGCUGUCUCCUUUGUGUCAUGGCAUAUGACCGCUAUGUUGCCAUUUGCAAACCCUUGCAAUAUCCCUAUAUCAUGAACUACAGGGAAUGUGCUAAACUUGCUGCUAUCUCCUGGGCCUUUGGUAUUUUCGUGGGUUUGGGGCAAUCUAUUUCAAUCUUCACCCUUUCCUUCUGUGGGUUGAAUAGAAUCAGCCAUUUCUUCUGUGAUGUUAUGCCUGUUCUGAGACUGACUUCCACCAAUACCUACAAAAAUGAAGUGGCCAAUGCCACUCUAACAGUGGUAUUUGUCCUGAUACCCCUUUUGCUCAUCUUCUUUUCCUACAUCCUCAUCAUCUCCUCUAUUCUCAGGAUGCUGGUGGCCAAGAACAGAUGCAAAGCAUUUUCCACCUGUUCCUCACAUCUCACUGUGGUCUUCCUUUACUACGGAACCAUCAUUAUUACCUACAUUCAACCCAACACAGCAUAUUCCAUGGACAAUAGCAGAUUCCUUGCCCUGCUCUACACAGUAGUGACCCCAAGCUUGAACCCCAUUGUUUACAGCUUGAGGAAUAAAGAGAUAAGAGCUGCUUUUAAGAAAUCAGUAGCAAGGAAAUCAGUCUUCUUUAUGUAG